AUGUCGUCGCGGAGAACAACACGAACGGAGGCACUAGUAAAUUCUAGGAUUGGAAGUCGCGUUAAUAAUGCUACAUUCUCCGUUGAUAGCGUGAACAGCGAUGACGACGAUGAAGAAGGUGGGACUCCUCUUGGAGACUUCGCCUCAGCAACACCACCUCUCGAUGAUAUCAACGCUGCGCUCCCAAGACGCAAUGAUGAUCAGCCACACAACUCUAACAAAAAGAUGCUGGAUGCAUUGAACAAUUUCCCGUCUUUGCCUAACAGCAAGCUCAACGCGACGCGUAUCCUUAGCUGGUUUCUUGGUCGUCAUCUUCAGCUGACCGAUGAUAACUCAACAUGCAAUUCAAGAUCUCGAGCACGCACGUAUGAAUCAAAUGCACAUGACGACUACUUCGACAUUGGAGACGUAAAGGAUAUAUGUCCGGCAUGCACGACCCCGUAUUGUCAAGCGGUGGAUUCCAUACCUUUCAAAAGCAGUCUGAAACUAAUGUACAACGACUCUAUAUCUCAGAAAUGGCUCGUCGGAAACAAAUAUGUUCUGCAUGAGGAGGUAGACGACCAUCCUGAAGACAAGUACGUACCACUUGUUGAGGCUUCGCGGGCACUGAACACAUUAGCAUGCAACGUACCCACCCCGAAAGUCCGAGCAGGCUGGAAAGAGAACGGCAAGGUGAUCACCAUAUGUGACGCCGUUUCCGGCGAACGUCUUUAUGACAUAUGGUGGGAUCUAUCGUCCGAAGAGCGAGAAAGCAUAGCUAAACAAGUUGCUCGAUACAUCGAAGCCUGGCGUACAACUGAUCUCGGACGAAUCUCCAGUCUCACGGGCGGGCCCGUGUACCACCAUGACAAUCUCUUCGGCGCCACGGACAAAGGCUUUGGACCGUUCGGGUCUGAUCUUGAGCUCUGGGAAGCCAUCGAGAGACGGCUCGAGAAGCGGGGCGCGUCAGGAGAUAUGAUUCAACUCCUAAAGGACUACAUGCCGUCUUCCUCACCCUGCGUCUUUACCCAUGGCGACCUCUCCAGCACAAACAUCUUCGUGCACAACGGCUCAGUGAGCGCGAUCACGGGUUUUGAAAAUGCUGCCUCUCUGCCUCUCUGGGCCGAGAACGUCGCGAUGCACUUCUGCAGCUGUCCCGAGGACGAGCAGUGGAAAGAGCUGCUUAGCCAGCACACGCGCAACUUCCGCGCCGCGCUAGACUGGUGGUCUCUCUGGACAGCAGUUGAGGACGCAGACACGGAUAGCGCGCGUCUAGAGAGUCUACGAACGCGUUGCGAGCGGUGGAGGAAAACUGAGAUCCACGGCGAGCCGUUCUGGUCCAUUUGGCUUGGCCAUGAAGGCGGGCCGUCUAAGCGUCUGAAUAUCCAGACAGCAGAGAACGCAGUCGAAGCGCGCGUGGGAGAUCUAGUUAGGCAGGCCAUCGCGUCAGAUCUCCUACAGCAGGGGAGUUACGAGGAUGUAGCGGGCGAUCCAUCAUGGGGAAACAGCACGGAGGAAGAUGACGAGAACGCGGAACGCAAGCCUGCAGAACACGGUCUAACGCCCUUCCAUCCGAUACAGCAGCAACACCACACGCUCGUGACAUCCGCGAACAGACCGCCGCGCCAUACCCGUAAUGCUCUAAGCAGGGCCGACAGAAGAAAGAUAAAUCCGAAGCCGUUGACACUAGAUAAUCUCCAUCUUUCCGAGAAGGAGGCAAGACAUAGCUAUGCCGCGAUGAUAGAAAGCGAUUUCUCGGACCCAUAUGAGUGUAACCCGGACGCCGAGUCCAGCGACGCGCCAAGCAUCGGAACCCUCGCGAAGAGCAAGGGUCUGCGCCCGCUAAGCCUGCCUUCUAUCGCACUAUCCGAGAGUGCGCGGAGCCAGCUCCGGCGCGCAGGCGAAGAAGACAAAGGCACUGUUAUCGGCACCGAGGAAAUCAACACUCAUCCUUUGAUAUCCGUGCGCGAAGCCGACGGUGAUACACCGGGUUUUAAGACAGAGGAUCAAGCUAAAGAAAAGAGGGGAGAAAAGGAACCACACAAGCCAUCAUCACCACGGACGAAGCGCACGUCAAUGUUCGGGAAUCGGGCCGCGCCGGGUUCGUUCUACGCUGCGCUCAGUGCGGCGUCGACGGAAGUCAGGCCGAGACGACAUGGGCGGAGCAAGUCCGAGGGACGAACCGGUGGUGGUGAUAAUGUGCGCAGGGAGACGAGUCGGUUACGGCCGCAGAGUAUGCUGCAGCCGGUGAUCCAAGACAAACGGGAUGAGGAUGAUAGGAACUCGGAAUCAGGGGAUGAGAAACCAAAAGACUAUCUGAUGUCAGGGGCAUAUCAAGGCUAG